CUCGGAGACAAAGGGCCCCUGGAGGGGAGCUGCUCCUCAGGGCUGAGGCCCCUCGGAGGGCGAGCCGACAGGAGCGACGCCUCCCGUGACCUUAUCCCAACGCCGUCCUGUGCCCUAUGAUGCGCUCUCCCUUCGUCCCCUUCCAUCUGGAAAGACCGCCAACUUCUGGACGGCCGCUCUUGAGCGCCUGGGCCCGCUUACACCCUCCCCUCCCCCACGGCACCCGCAUUUAGGGCUUCGGAGGAGACAGAGCGCAGCGAGCCGUUGCCUAGACGACGAGCCCAGGCCAGGCCGCCCCCUUCCGGCCUAAGCCCCGCCCUGGGCGUGGCCACGUGGGGGCGCUGCCGUCUUUGUCCUGCGCGGGCCGCCGGCCAGUUCGGCGGGCUUUCGGUCCUGCGGUGCCCUUCGCCUUCCUCCUUCUCCAGGGUCUGCCCUCGGGAGAGGUCCCCGGUCUGUGUCCUCCAAGCCUGCUCGGCAGCGGGCUUCGUCGGAAGUCAGCCGCGGACUCUGCCCCAGCGUGGAUGUGCCCGAGUGUCGCUGCAGCCCGGGCCGGCCCCAUCUUCCGUGUCCUCUUCGUGAUGGACAGGGUCGGUUCCAGCUGGGAGCUCCGGGAUGACUCCUGGUGCAGAGCGAGGCACAGACACGAUUGCAGUUUCAGCAGGCGCUGUGCCACCUCAGAAGUCAUCUACAGUUCUCUUUAAGUAUCCUGUGCAGUCCUGUGACAUGUGUAAAAUCCAUGACAGUGCAUUAGCCACGGGGGUGCGCACUGCUGCGAGCCGCGGGGUGUUUUGUGCUGGGGCUGUCGGUGCUGCCUAACGGACUAUAACGUGAGCCAAGUUCGAAGCCGGAUCCUUCACGUUGGAGCUCGACCGCAGUGUUGUCGGACAAACACUGCUUACGCUUCCAAGUACAGCUGCGGCCCCACCGUGUACGAUCACGCGCACCUCGGCCACGCCUGCUCUUACGUGAGGUUUGACAUCAUCCGGAGGCUCCUGACCCGGGUAUUCGGGUGCAGCGUGGUCAUGGUGAUGGGCAUCACCGAUGUGGAUGAUAAGAUCAUCCGAAGAGCCAGCGAGAUGGACAUGUCGCCUGCUGCCCUGGCCAGGCUGUACGAGGAAGACUUCAGGCAGGACAUGGCGGCCCUGAAGGUGCUCCCACCCACUGUGGCCCUGAGAGUGACGGAGACCAUUCCUCAGAUUCUCGCCUUUAUCCAGGGCAUCGUGGCUCGUGGUCACGCAUACGCCACUGCAGAAGGUAACGUCUACUUUGACCUGAGGUCAAGAGGAGACAAGUAUGGCAAACUUGUCGAUGUGACGCCCUGUCCGGCUGCAGAGGCAGUGGACUCGGACAAGCGGUACUCAGGUGACUUUGCGCUGUGGAAGGCGGCUAAGCCCGGGGAGGUGUCCUGGGCCUCACCCUGGGGACUCGGCAGGCCCGGCUGGCACAUCGAGUGCUCCACGAUUGCCAGCACAGUAUUCGGGAGCCACCUGGAUGUGCACUCGGGCGGCAUGGACCUUGCCUUCCCACACCACGAGAAUGAGAUUGCGCAGUGUGAGGUCUUCCACCAGUGCGCACAGUGGGGCAACUACUUCCUGCACUCGGGGCACCUGCACGUCAAGGGCCAGGAGGAGAAGAUGUCAAAGUCCCUGAAGAACUACAUCACCAUCAAGGACUUCCUAGGGAGCUUCUCACCCGAUGUCUUCCGGUUCUUCUGCCUGCGCAGCAGCUACCGCUCAGCCAUCGACUAUAGUGAGGGUGCCAUGCUGGAAGCCGGCCAUGCCCUGCGUGGUCUGGCCUCGUUUGUGGAGGACGCGCGGGCCUACAUGCAGGGGCAGCUGGCAGGUGGCCCGGUCAGCGAAGCUGAGCUGUGGGACAGGCUCAGCAGUACCCAGGGCACUGUGAGGACUGCGCUGGCUGAUGACUUUGACACGCCCAGGGCAGUGGACGCCAUCCUGGGCCUUGUGCGCCAGGGAAACAGGCAGCUCAGGGUGGCCACUGAGGGCCCUGGGGGUCCCAGGAGCCCUGCUGUGCUGGGUGCCAUCAUUGCCUAUGUGGAGCAGUUCUUCGAGACUGUGGGGAUCUCUCUGGCCAGCCAGCAGUGUGUUUCAGGAGACAGCAGUGAGGCCGCCCUGCGCAGCGUGGUGGAUGAGCUGGUGCGCUUCCGGCUGAAGGUGCGGCAGUUUGCGCUGGACACACAGGCGGCCAGCAGGGAUGCCCAGCAACAGCAGCUGCGGGACAGGCAGCCCUUGCUGGAUGCAUGUGACGCACUUCGCCAGGACCUUGCUGCCCACGGUAUCAGCAUCAAGGACAGAAGUAUCACAGCCUCUACCUGGGAAAUGCUGGACCCAUGGACGACACAGAAGCCAGGAGGCUGAGAACCAGCCAGCUGGAUGUGACACCAUGGCUCUGCUCCCCACUGGGAUUUGGUAUUCAAGUUUCCCAUCGAGGCUCUUUGGUCCACGUCAAAAUAAAGCUGACCCGUCCUGUC